UCUUGCGCGAAUCUCCUCUACCCGUUUCUCAGAUCUGUCUGAAGACACUAAUAUCUCACAAUGGCCUCCGUUGCUCCCAUCACCGGCAUGCUCCGCCGCACCCUGGUCCUUGACCUGAGCACCGCUUUCGGUUUCGGUACCACUUUCGGCUACCUCUGGUGGUACGGCUUCCACCUCCCCCGCGUCCGCGCCCGUGACGACUACUACACCCGCCUCGAGGCCGAGCGCGCUGCUGCCCAGCAGUAA